AUGGCGGACCAUCGUGUAAGCAAGAGGCUCAGAUAUUCCAGCAACAACAAAGAAGAACAGCUGGAAGUUACCGGCCAAAACCUCAGGAAAAUUCGAGUCAUCUGCUCCGACCCUGAAGCUACUGAUUCAUCAUCGGAUGAAGCUGAUAGCGGAGAGAGAUCAUCACCACGUCGAAUUGUUUUCGAGAUUGUGAUUGGGGUCAAACCUGAAGAAGGCGAUGAAACGGUAGAACACAAGGAUUCGAUGGAUCAAACCGUGCGGAAGAAGUUAACCGGGGUUCGAUUGAGGAAGUGGGGCAAGUGGGCAGCUGAGAUUCGUGAUCCUUUUACCAGAAAACGAAUAUGGUUGGGUACAUUUAACACCGCAGAGGAAGCCUCAAAAGCCUAUAUGGCUAAGAAGCAGGAGUUUCAAGCAAGAUUAUCGACCCAAACCCGACCCAAGUCUGACGGCGAGUCGUCCACUCGGCUUUCUCAGGACCCGGGUCAAGAACCGACCCGGGAAUCGUACAAGGGGGUUCAUAGGGCGAAAAUGGAUGGUACAUGUGAUCCUGAAGAAGAGGGUUCAAGUGCUCUCCAGUACAAGAAGGUCGAAUUCGGGUCGGAAUACGUUACCCGACUUGAAAGUGGGUCAUCGAUUAAGUCCCCAAAGAUCGAGACUUUGAGCUUGUUGAGUAAUGGUGGUGGUGAAACAAUCAGUGGGUCUACCACCACUUCCAUGGAAGUUUCAGGAGAGGAGAAAGGAGCAAGCGCAACCAUGGUGGAAGGUCAAAAUGUAAAUACAGAAGAAGGAAACAAGCCACCUUGGUUGGGUUUGGACAUUGGUAUGCUUGUCAUAGACAACAAUGGCAAUCUGCUGGGUCAAUUUAGUAGACUUGAUGAUGAAAUGAGGAUCUGCUGA